AUGGCGGAUUUACAUCAAGACCAGACGCUAUCAUCCAUGGGCAAAAUACGAAGAACAUUGGGCGGGAGUAAGGGCAAAUCUCCUAGGAAAGGCUCUGUCGCAAGUACCUCCGGCGGCAAGAUUGAUGCCUCACCUCCAAAUAGCAACGGGAAACCAUCGAACGCAGAGCCUGAAGUAGCGAAGGUUCCCAUCACCCCUCCGAGGGCCUGUGAUUUAGCUCGUGGGUGUUCGAAAUCUUCUCGGUCUCGAUUUUUCUAUCCUCCACUUGGCGGGGUAUUGCGACCAGAGAACGAAGUUAUCGCAAACUACGCAUGGGGUCGUAUCUUAGUGAUCACCGGCUACAAACAACAAAAAUGCCUUCUUGAGCAAAAGAUUGCAGAGCUUCCUGAGGCCAAAGUCCCUCGCGGACUUGUGUCGGUGCGAACAAUAGAUGACUCCCCCAGCCAUCAGGCGGAGUCCGUCAUUUGUAAUCUUGUCCCAAACUCCGGGCCCGGUUUCCUCAUUGAGCACCAGCGUCUUGCUGUCAUGACUACUCGUGCUCAGGAACUGACAAUCCUCGUGGGUCAACAGGACAUUCUGCACGCGAAAGGAUCUACGGCCUUGUCAAGUUUGAAAGACUACCUCAAAAACCGCAAUGCUAUCAUUAAGUUUGCGGAAUUUGCCAAGUCGAACACGCCGGACAGCGAUGCCUCGAGAUUGCAAUCGCACGCGGGUGCCAGCCUUGAAACUUUCCGCAACAUUCCCCCAUUGGACGACGUAAGCCGUGCAGCCUUCUCGUCGAUCAAGCUCGGCAAAGUCGCCGACUCUGUCAAGAAGUUGAAGCUUCAACGAAAGCAGCAACGCGAAGACGCCAACGCCAACGCAUACGCACAGCAAAUGCGACAGACUACUACGGACUACGCGGAUUACAUCAGGGCCCGAGGAUCUGCUCAGCCUGUGUCGGAAACUAUCGCAGGUCCAUCGACGAAGCCAGAUCGUCCACCUCGCGAGAUGCAAUUGACCAUUCAGCCAGCGGCGCAGGAGUCUGUCGCAAAUCCUCAGUCUCAUUUUAUUCUGUCGCACCUCUCAUUUAAGCCAAUCACCUUUAAUACAGAGCUGUAUCAAACUUUGUAAUAAAUAUUAAUAAGAGAUAGCAUUGCUGCAAUCAUAGGCUGCAACGAAGGAGUAACAAAAUAGUCAGAGACAGACUAUAAGUCUCACUUUAUCGCCAUAUUUUCCACUGUCUCUUAGUUCCGCCAACAAUCUUGCUUAGCGCUGCUCGCCAGACUUUGC